AAAAACAGAAACGGCAAUGGCGACUGCACCGGCGGUGAUGAUACCAGCCGCCGUGGCAAUGAUGAUUAUGAUGCUCAUUCCAACUGCAUGCGGCGGUGCUUUUACAUUCUUUAAACCACUCAACAACCACACUUCUGGGGGUUUGGUAAGAUACAAUAUGGUUGAAGAGGAGGAUACUAAAUCAAAUUUUGUAAUGGAGUCGCACAUCAGCAGAAUGUUGGCAGAUUCGUCUCAAGACUUCGAAACAAGCUCAACUAACAACGCCACCCAAGUUUCCACCGGCGAAUGCGACCGGCCCCCCCGCUACGACAGUUGCCUCGGCGAUAAAAGAAAUACUCCGCCACCACAAAAUUGUAGCACCUACAACCGUGAACAUCCCUGUUAG